UAUUUUUACACAUUUUUCUAAUAACCUCUUCACUUUCAGAAAAUAUAGGCGUUUACAAUUAUUAAAUACUUACUCGACGAUGAAAUCGAUGACGGCAUGCGUUACUCUUCUACUGUAUUACUUAUUCUUCAUUUCACAAGUUAGCUCCUUCAAAGAUUAUGUACUUCGAGAUCUUGGCUGUUGGCAAGACAAAGGUGCCAGAGCGAUUCCCAGCAUUGAAACAAAACUACACGGUUCUUAUAAAUCACGUGUGAAUGCUAUUCAGCAAUGCGCGCACGCAGCUAAAAUUUUAGGAUAUUCUGUAUUUGCUAUCCAAGAUGGAGGAUGGUGUGCUUCAGGAUCAGCUGCUUUCAAAACUUACACAAAGUAUGGACCUUCAGAUAAAUGUAAAAGCGACGGAAAAGGAGGACCAUGGGCCAAUCAAGUUUACGAAAUUGAUACUGUUUUGAAAGUGCAAUAUAGGCCGGUUGGCUGCUUCAAAGACACUGGGAAAAGAGCGAUUGAUACUGUUGAGAAACGUUAUGUUGAUCUUCAUGAUAAUUAUCAACAUCGACAGGAUGCAAUAGGAAAAUGUGCGAGAAUCGCGGCUUCUCUUGGAAACAGUGUUUUCGCGCUGCAAAACGGGGGAUGGUGUGCUACCUCGUCUUCUGCGUCUUCCACUCACAAUAAAUACGGUUACUCGCAAGACUGUCAGGAUCACGGAAAGGGAGGUCCUUGGGCAAAUGCCGUUUACGAGAUUACUUCUGUUGCAAAAAUCACACUUGAACGUCUCGGCUGUUUCGCCGACAAAGAAAGUCGAUCGCUACCUUUCUUGGAAAGGCCUGAAAUAUUGGGCGGUGAAUACCAGAAAAGACCUCAAGCCAUUGAACAAUGCGUAAGAUAUGCUUCGGGAUUGGGACAUCUCAUCGUUGGAAUUCAAAAUGGCGGUUCUUGCAUGGCAGGAAUUCAUUAUGCAAAGUAUGGAGCAUCAACAAAUUGUAAAUCGAAUUCGAAAGGUGGAUCAUGGGCAAAUGAAGUUUUCAAAAUAGAUAUUAAAAAGCUCGAAACCGGAUUUCCAAGACUUCCUAGACAUGAAGAAUAUUACUUGAACAAUCUGGGUUGCUGGACUGACAAAGAAAAUCGUGCUAUUCCCGUUGGUUUAGAAGGAACCAAUUCUAUUUUGAUCGGUGAAUACCAGAAAAGAAAGGAUGCUAUUCGAAGAUGUGCUCAAGCAGCUAUGGCUCGCGGAUAUAACAUUAUCGGAGUACAGAAUGGGGGCCAAUGUUGGACUGGAGUAAACGCUCGAAACACUUAUAGAAAAUAUGGACUUUCUAAUAAAUGCUCAAAUGGCAAAGGUGGGAACUGGGCAAAUGAAGUUUAUGAAAUCAACACAAUAUGGGAUCCAAAUUUCAGCGGGCUCGGUUGUUUUAGAGAUACAUCAGCGAGAGCUAUUUCCACCAUUGAAACUAUGAACCCAUUACUGAAUGGAGAGUAUCAAAAAAGAUCCGAUCCUGUACGAAAAUGCGCCAGAGUUUCUGCUAGUUUUGGUCACACUGUAUUUGCCAUCCAAAAUGGAGGAUAUUGUCAGAGUUCAGCAAACGCUGGUUCGGCGUACGCGAGGUUCGGCCGAGCGGAUAACUGUGGAAGAGGAAAGGGCGGUUCAUGGGCGAUGUCAGUCUACAAGAUUUCAGAUGCAAUGGACUUUUACAUCGAAAGUCGAGGAUGUUGGGCAGAUGAUGCUUUCCGUACUAUUCCAACAGUCGAGAGCGAUGGACCAGAAUUCAUGAGUCAACCUGAUUAUAAGAAAAGAGAAGAUGCUUUAGGGAAAUGCGCUCGUUAUGCUCGUUCCAGGGGAUUUAGAUUUUUUGCUCUUCAAGAUGGCGGAUAUUGUUCAGCCUCAAUUGACGCUGAAAAUACAUACAGGCGAAUUGGACCUUCUCAAAAAUGCAGAAAUGAUGGUAAAGGAGGACCUUGGGCUAAUCAAGUGUACGAAAUUGUGCCGCAGAAGUUAGCUUGAAUUGAUCAAUAUAAUAUUGACAAAGAAAGCAAGAAAAUUUCAUCACCGACAACUGUUCAAUCUUAUUAUGGCAGUUUAGAGCAUAAUUGUUGAUGUAUUAUCUCGAAAUUACGUCUAAAAUUUUAAAUUAUUGUAUACGUUUUAUUUGUGAAUAACACAUUACGAAGUAUGCGAAUUAACAAAAAUAAAACAUGUACCACUUAAAA